AUGUCGGACAUAGGCGCGCAGCUUCCACCCCACCUUCUCGCGAAGAGAAAGCGACAACAAGAGGAAAAUGCGUCUAAGGGACCCUCGGUGCCUUCCGGCGCAAAAGAAUCAACUGCACAGGUGCCAGAAGGGCAGGAGAAACGUCGGAAAAUCGCAGGGCCAGCAAUGCCUCCCGCACCAAUAGAACAAAUGCCACAACGGCCCUCUCAAAUCGCUUCGAAGCCACCGCUAUCAGAUGGCAGUGAUUCCGACGAUGACGAUUUCGGACCGGCUGCACCAAGCACGUCCAACGUUCCUGACAGUACUUCACCGCAGCCAAAUGACUCGGGGUCAAGAGGCGACCUAGGUAGAUCUCCUGGUGGGACCCAUUUGCCCAAGUUGAAACGAGAUGAAUGGAUGACAAUGCCGCCUACAGAGGAUGGUCUCGCGUCGAGGAUGGAUCCCACAAAACAGAGACCUAGAGGGUUCAACACAGGCAAAGGAGCGAAGACGGCAGUCGGUGGUGCAGUAGACAACUCGACAUGGCAUGAGACAUCAGAGCAAAAACAAAAGCGGCUACAGGAUGAAAUGAUGGGCAUUUCAAAACCCAACGCGUCUGCCACAGCCAAUCUGCGAUCGAAUGACCAGCAGAAAGAGCGUGAUUUACGAGAAACAUUGAACAAACAUCGAGGGCCUUCUCUUAUGGACCAGCAUCGAAAGACCAAAGCUCCGGACGAAGUAGAAGACGACCCAAGUAAACGAGCGUUCGACCGAGAAAAAGACAUGGGAAGCGGUGCUCGCAUCUCGGCAUCGCAAAAACGGGAGAUGUUAAACAAAGCAGCUGAUUUUAGCAGUCGUUUCUCUGGCGGUUCGUUUCUGUGA